CAUCUGUGUGUUUGUGUGUCUCUGUCCGUAGCCUCAGACCAGUCUGGACUGGCUGCCUCUGUGCUCUGUGUAGCCAGUUCGACAGAUUGUUUCACUGUGGAGACUUUACGGGAUUGGAGUGAGACUUUUCUUGGAUAGAUUGAUAGCUCCCAGUGAGACAGUUCUGCGUGAUGGAUAGUUUGUGACUGAUCGGGAGAUCUUUUGGGAGCACACAAGGGUCCUGUAGCCUACAGUACGAGGCUAUCUAUCAGCAGGGAGAGGAGUUGGCUCGACUCUACAGCUACGUGACCACGCUUCACUGACUCAACCCAUGGAUGGCAAAAUGCUAUGUCCAAGCUGAAGAGGUCUGUGUCUUUUCUGGUAGCUCUUCUGGAUGAGGCUGGAGCUGGAUGCGUUUCUCUCCUGUUCUGUGAUGGUGUGGUCUCACUGCUGGAGAUGUAGGAAGCCCUAUAUUCAGUGCCUUUCACACUUUCUGGUCUCUACUAUCUCUGUCUGCCUGCCUGUAUAGAGCAGAGCAGGCCUCGCUCUGUACUGUGGAGCUUGCUUAACUGCCUGGGCUGGACAUUAUAACAUGGAUGUUUAAUCAUAUAAGUGGAUCUAUUGCUGUUGUGUAAAAAGGGAGCCGUGGUGAAAGACGGUAACGUUCCCUAGAAAGGGCCCAAACCCUGGCCGCCACGCCAUGGCCCCUCGCAAGCGUCCAGGGCGGGGCCUCUCCGAUAUUUUCUGCUGUUUUAAAGGGAGUGAUCACCCGGAGAUCACCUACCGCCUUCGCCAUGACAGUAACUUCAUCCUACAGACCAUGGAGCCCUCCCUGCCCAUGCCACCUGAAGAGGAGCUGGAUGCCAUGUUCUCUGAGCUGGUUGAUGAGCUGGACCUGUCAGGGAAACACCGGGAAGUCAUGUUUGCCCUGCCAGCUGAGAAGAAAUGGCAGAUGUACUGUAGCAAGAAGAAGGAGGGAGAAGAGAGCAAGGGUGCGACUAGCUGGCCAGAGUUCUAUAUCGACCAGUUGAAUUCCAUGGCUGCUAGGAAGACCCUUAUUGCUUUGGAAAUGGAGGAUGAAGAAGAGAGGAACAAGACCAUAGAGAGCUUAAAGACAGCUCUAAGGACACAACCCAUGAGGUUUGUGACGCGGUUCAUCGACCUGGACGGUCUGACCUGCAUCCUGAACUUCCUGAAGAGCAUGGACUAUGAGACCACUGAGUCCCAGAUCCACACGUCCCUGAUUGGCUGCAUCAAGGCCCUGAUGAAUAACUCCCAGGGCCGCUCCCACGUGCUCUCCCACACAGAGAGCAUCAACAUCGUUGCCCAGAGCCUGGCAACUGAGAACGUCAAGACCAAAGUGGCGGUGCUGGAGAUCAUGGGUGCUGUGUGUCUGGUGCCAGGAGGGCACAGGAAGAUCCUGGAAGCCAUGCUGCACUAUCAGAAGUUUGCCUGCGAGAGGACUCGCUUCCAGACUCUGCUGAAUGACCUGGACAGGAGUACGGGGCGCUACAGGGACGAGGUCAACCUGAAAACAGCCAUCAUGUCCUUCAUCAAUGCAGUGCUUAGUCAGGGAGCAGGGGAGUCGAGCUUUGAGUUCAGAAUUCACCUGCGAUACGAGUUCCUUAUGUUGGGCAUCCAGCCGGUCAUCGAUAAACUGAGGUCCCACGACAACUCAACGUUAGACAGGCAUUUGGACUUCUUUGAGAUGCUGAGAAACGAGGAUGAACUAUCUUUGGCAAAACGAUUUGACACUGUGCACAUUGACACAAAAAGUGCCACGCAAGUGUUUGAGCUCAUAAAGAAGAAAAUGAGCCACACAGAUGCACACCCGCACUUUAUAUCUGUCUUACAGCACUGUCUCCUUAUGCCUUACAAGCGUAGUGGGAACACAGUGCAUUACUGGCUCCUCCUGGACCGCAUCGUCCAGCAGAUCGUCCUGCAGAACGACAAAGGUCAUGACCCUGAUGUCACCCCCCUGGAGAACUUCAACGUGAAGAACGUGGUGCGAAUGCUGGUCAACGAGAAUGAAGUCAAACAAUGGAAAGAACAGGCCGAGAAAAUGAGAAAAGAGCACCAUGAGCUGCAGCAGAAGUUUGAUAAGAAGGAACGCGAGUGUGAGGCCAAGUCCCAGGAGAAGGAGGACAUGAUGCAGACACUGAAUAAGAUGAAGGAGAAGCUGGAGAAGGAGUCCAGCGAACACAAGCAGGUCAAGCAGCAAGUGGCCGAGCUCUCCGCCCGGCUGCAUGACCUCAGCACUAGGCCAAAUCCAAGUGUUCCUGGUGGCCCUCCACUCAUACCUGGGGCCCCUGGAGGUCCCAUACCACCCCCUCCCAUGCAGGCUGCCAUGCCCCCACCCCCUCCACCACCCCCUGGGGGCAUGCCUCCACCGCCACCCCCUCCACCUGGUGGACCUCCUCCUCCUCCAGGCAUGGCUCCUCUUGGUCCCCCUCCUCCACCUGGAGCUCCCAUGGGACCAGGGCUGAAAAAGAAGAACAUCCCCCAGCCCUCCAACCCACUCAAGUCAUUCAACUGGGCCAAGCUGGCUGAGAAUAAGCUGGAGGGCACUGUGUGGACGGACAUCGAUGACAUCAAGGUUUUCAAAAUCCUGGACCUUGAGGACAUCGAGAAGACGUUCUCUGCAUACCAGAGACAGCAGGACUUCUUAACAAUGAACAAUAACAAGAAAGAGUCCGAAGACGAUACGGUGACCUCCAAGAAGGUCAAGGAGCUGUCAGUCAUCGACGGUCGCAGAGCCCAGAACUGUAACAUCCUCCUCUCUCGGCUGAAGCUGACCAAUGAGGAGAUCAAGAGGGCCAUCCUGACUAUGGACGAACAGGAGGAUCUGCCCAAAGACAUGCUGGAGCAGCUGCUAAAGUUUGUCCCAGAGAAGAGUGACGUGGAUCUCCUGGAGGAGCACAAGCAUGAGCUGGACCGCAUGGCCAAAGCUGACCGCUUCCUCUACGAGAUGAGCAGGAUCAACCAUUACCAGCAGAGGUUGCAGUCCCUCUACUUCAAAAAGAAGUUUGCUGAAAGAAUCGUCGAAGUCAAACCUAAAGUUGAAGCUCUAACCAGGGCGUCUAAAGAGAUGCUGCAGAGCCGCAACCUCAAGCAGCUUCUGGAAGUGGUCCUGGCCUUUGGUAACUACAUGAACAAGGGCCAGAGGGGAAACGCCUAUGGCUUCAAAGUGUCCUCACUCAACAAGAUCGCUGACACCAAGUCCAGCAUUGACAAGAACAUUACUCUGCUGCAUUACCUGAUCACCAUCCUGGAGCAGAAGUAUCCCAAAGUGGCUGUGUUCCAGGAGGAGCUUCAGAGUGUUCCAGAGGCAGCUAAAGUCAAUAUGACAGAGCUGGAGAAAGACAUCAACAAUCUGCGCUCUGGUCUGAAGAGUGUGGAGAUGGAGCUGGAUUUCCAGAGAGGUCUUCCUCAGGUUUCGGGGGAUAAGUUUGUGUCUGUGGUGAGCCAUUUCAUCACUGUGGCCAGCUUCAGCUUUUCAGAGGUGGAUGAUUCUCUGACUGAGGCCAAGGAGCUGUUUCUGAAGGCAGUGCAGCAUUUCGGGGAGGAUGCAACCCGUAUGCAGCCAGACGAGUUCUUUGGAAUCUUCGACCAAUUCCUGCAGGCGUUCGCUGACGCUAAGCAGGAGAAUGAGAACAUGCGCAGACGCAAGGAGGAAGAGGAACGACGGGCCCGCAUGGAAGCACAGCUGAAGGAGCAGAGGGAGAAGGAGCGCAAGGCCAAGAAGGCAAAGGAGAACUGUGAGGAGGACGGUGAAUUCGACGACCUCGUUUCAGCCCUGCGCUCCGGGGAGGUGUUUGAUAAGGACUUGUCCAAGAUGAAACGCAACCGCAAACGCGCCAACUCAUCAGCUGAGACCAGCAGGGAGCGACCCGUCACCAAACUGAACCUCUGAAACAACUGGCAACUGAUCCUGUCUUACUGGAGCUAAGCUAUGCUGCCCUCUGGUGUCCUGGCAUGAGCCUAGUGCCCCCAGUUUUGGGAGUGGACAGAACUCACUUCUAAAACGGAACUGAGCAGGAAAGGUGGUGGACAGACCUCUACUUACUCUUCUGCUACUCAAGCAACAAUAACCCAGAGCUUGUGUCCGUCUGGAAACAGACAUAUAAGAUAUUACCUCCUCUGAAAACCAUGAACUAUGGAUAAGGAGUGACUCUCUAAGCUAUUUGUGUUAAUUGCCAAAACCUACACUUUUAAAAUGCUGUGCUCUGAAUGACAGUUUUUCUCAUGUUGUGGAUGGGACACUUUUUUUAAUAGCAUAGGGCUCUUGCCCUGGAGUACGACAGUCCUCUUGACCCUUCCUACCUGCAAAAAUGAGCAGGAAGUGGAAUGGAAAGCCAGGGGUCACACACACACACCGGCUGAGAUACAUUUCCUCUUUUAAAUGGGAGAAAGUGGAACAUCUUUCCUGCUAUUGUGUUCAGUCAGUCAGACACCUCUAGAGAGUAUAGUAGAGGAUGCCAACCCCAUGCACAGUGUCUCUUGAAGCACAAUCCAUCAUGUAUGAAUUACAUUUUUGAGAUAACAAGAAACACAUUUUGAUACUGUUUUUAUCACAAUUUUGCAAGACCUAAUUUAGAUAUUUAAAACCAAAUCAAAGAUGCAAUAUUACCAUUUUAUUAGAGCCUAUAACUUUCAUCUAUAAAAUACUCCAUUAGAACUGAAAUAUACAGUAUUGUAGAAGAGUAGGACCUAAUUUUAGGCCUGCUGACUUGAAAAGACUGUCACCGUUUCUAUAUUAUUCGAAGAGUUACCAAAAAUAAUUGCUCUUCCACUGGUCAUCCUAACACACUGAGGAUAUCAGUCUGGAAACUAUUCAGCCCAACAUGUUUCAGUUUUGUUUUUGUGUUUUGUGUUCAUUACUGCCAUGUACCGUACCAGUCAAAAAAUAGUAAAAAUGAAGAAGAACCCUGGAAAGAGUAGCUGUGUCCAAACUUUUGACUGGUACUGUAUGUGUAUAUUAUGUACAUACUGUAUGCCCAUUCCAGUGUCACCUUACUUGACUCUCAAAAAAUCUAGGCGGCAGUCUGCCUUCUCCCUACAGUUUUCAGCCAUUAGCUUCCCCCACGACUGGCUCAUUUGAACUACAAACGUCAAUAAUCAUUGCUUGCGAUGCGGCUUUCGAAACAUAUGGACCUUAUCUUUCAUCAGAAAGAAUCCUUCAAAUAAAAAAUAUACACUUACUGUAGCAGUUUUGCACAGAUCCAGCUAUAGGUGCCGCCAUCUGACCAAACUACACUUCCACUACACUUCCCGAACUACGCUUACACAGAUGUUACGAGCAUGCAAUAUAGCUAAUUAGCACAGGUGGUUGCCUCUUCCGUCUGUUUUCCAUAAACAAGCGCUGUAACAUAGAGAUAUGGCCAUGUGGGAACCCUGACCCUAUCAAGGUCUGUAUCAAUUGAACUUUUUUUGCUGAUAUAAGGUCCUUAUGCUUCCAAAACCGUACCGCAAGUGAUACGUAUUAUUGUUCAUAUUGAGCGUCGGGGCUCUUAACAAAACUCCCUGUACAGAAGACGCCUUCAUCCAAUAUGUGGAAUGGAAUGGAAUGGAACUGAGAGUCAUGGGCUAUUCCUCACUAUAACAUGUACAGCAGAAAGCUUUCAGUUAUUUAGUAAAACCUUUUGUCAAACCUUUGGUCACAUUUCUACCAACACCCUCCUUACUUAACUGUGUGAUAGCAUGUCUGAUGUAUGUGGAUUCUUUCUAUACAGCUUUAUUAUUAUUUAAACAACUUUCAAUUUCGAAACUAAAGUAAUAAACCUGGAUGUUAAUUAUCUGUUGAAUCUGUUUUUUAUGUUUACAAGCCAAAACUACAACCAGUAAUUCAUCUCGGAUUGUAUUAAACUGUAUUUCUGUUUUCCAGAAAUAAAGACUGGUAUUCAUCUCAGAGUUAUAGUAAGGAGCAUCCUCUGGUGGCCAAUGUGCAAAAGUAUCUAUUUUUUAGGUUCCAUUUCCAUGUUUUCAAGACAUUCUUUGAGGAUACAAAUUUGCUUGUUAAUUGUAUUACUUUGGGGACUAUUCAAUUCAGAAAGCAUUGUGAGUAGGGACUUGAUUUCUAAUAAAACUUCUGGCAACAUA